UCGCCUAAAACUCAUGAAAAUCGUGAAAAAUUGCCAAACGGUUUGAGAGGAUAUUAUGUACAUAGACUUCUUGUAAAUGCUGUUGCAAUGUGGGCUUCACCUCGUUAUGCUUGGUAUGUUUGUAAACUUCUUGACGAAAUUCAUAGACAAGAACGUGAAGAGCUAGAGAACAAGCUUGAAGCAAAAGACAAAAGCAUUCAGAAAAGAAUACCGCGUUCGGUACCAAAAGGAAAGGAAAAGAACUAUAAGUAUAUGAUUUAUACUGAAGAGAUGGAAAAUGAAGAAGACAGAGAUAUGGUUAUGUUGCAUUUAGUCAGAAGAAACAACAAAAGCUUUUACGACCUUGCUAAGAUUUACAAAUCUGACAGAAAUUGGUUCUAUCGCGAAAACUUACCGAUUUCAAUGACCCCAAAUGAAGAUGUGAAACAAAUAGUUCAAGAUACGUUACCUCAAACACACUAUGAUAUGAAAGGUUGUACAAUUCUUACCUUCAAAGAAGAUUUGCCGCUACUGAAAGAAAAAAUAACAGAGUAUUUUGACAACUUCAAACAAGCAGAGUAA